UUGGAAAACAAGGAAGUACACUUUCUUCGUACCGUGUUGAUCUGUCAGAUCCUCCAAUGCAAAACGGAAGCCUUUGAGACAGCUCAGUAAUUUAAUUUUUAAUUUAUCAGUACGUAGACGUUAGGCUAAUAUCCCUGCUGACUUAACAAAGGCACGUUCUUGUCGGAAAAAGCCGAGGUGAAACAUCGACCUGUUGUCUUGACCACACCAAAGCUCCAGACUCGCCACUUCCUGUCGAUACCCAGACUCGUCGCUGUCCUUGAUGAGGCCAAUGACCGUGGUGUCAUCUGCAAACUUCAGGAGUUGGACAGUUGGAUGCCACGAGGUGCAGUCGUUCAUGUAGAGCGACAAGAGCAGAGGGGAGAGGCAGUCACUCACAAUUAAACUGUACAGGUAUACUUUCUGUAUUCAUGGAUCACAAAGGAGAACCAAUGGAAGGUGUCAUGGGCCUGGAGGAGCUGCCACAGAUGGACGGAACAUGUGAUGCAUGUGAGCCUGAUGAGGCUCAACUGGCCACGCUAUUAUGCCACACCUGCAGUUUUGCCUUCUGCUGUUUGCAUGGUGACAGACAUGCCUCCAGUACACAUCACCCGCUAUUGCCCUAUAACCAUGAGGGAAUGCAUGCUAAUGGAGUUAACGCAAACACAUAUUCCAGAAUUGGAAAUGGGGCCAAAGAGGAGACAUUGAUGGGUUUGCUGAACGAACAGGACAUGGCUCUGAAGCAAGCAGCACUUGGACAUGAGAGUGGUAAUGCUAUGAAUGGCCAUGAAUCCAAGAAUCACCCAGAGUUAGGAGCUGAAGGUUCACUAGAUGGGCAAGAGGAGGUGGCUGCUCUAGAGUCAGAGAAGAGGGACACUGUGACAGUAGCUAGGCUACGUUGUCUGGAGCAUGGGCAGGAUGGAUCCCUCUACUGUAAACCUGAUGAAAAGAUUAUCUGUGUUGUGUGUGCUGUGCAGGGUGACCACCAGGGACAUGAGAUUAUCACCCUGCAUGAUGCUUACAUCUGGCAGAAGAAUAGACACUGUUAUGAGCUGCUGGACUGUACACUACAGAUGGAAGAAAAUAUCUCAAACAAGUGGACAAAUUCAGAGAUGUCUGCAGCGGAACUGGAGGCGUAUGUGAGCAGUCAGUUUGAUGCACUUCAAAGAUUGGUACAUCUGGAAGAAAAGAGGACCCUACACCUUGUAGAUCUCAAAGAGGCAUCCCUAUUAGCAUCUGCUGCUGAGAAGAUUGCGGAGAUCAAUAUUCAAACUGAGCAUCUCCAUGAAGAAAUGGCCAGCAUUACACAGCAGCUUUGCUUGUUGGAGAAGGCAACAAUUGGUCCUGUACUGGCAGCAGAGGCUCUUGCAGAAACCUCAGGACCAAGCCAGAAAUUACCGGAUGCCUUUGAGCCCAGACCAAGGCUUCCAGUGCCGAGGGCAGAUCCAGUCAACCCGCGGGACUAUGAAGAAGGUGGUUUUGGACCUUACAUGGACUACACCCGUGCCCCAUAAAAGUAGCCUUUCUGUUCAUGAACUUGUGCUUUGACCUAAUUGCAGCCUCAUUGUGCUCUUUGCUGUUCCCCCUCCUCAAAUGGCAGUGCAAUGACCUUGAAGUUACUCGUGACGUGACAACUCAAGGGAGAACAUGUUUUCCCCUUCUCAAACAUUUUAAUUUUUUUCACCCAUUAACUCCGCUUAAUGGAAACACUGCAGUUCUCUGCAAUCGAUUACAAUCUGGCCCAAUUUCCACUGCCAGCUGGAUCCAGGGCUUGCGAGUGUGCCACGGAUUCAGAGAGGAAGAUUGGGUACGUUAAGCUCGGCAGAUGUCAAAAAUUGGACAUUUUUUCAACACCAGGGUUUUUUUAUUUUUAGUUUUUCCAUUUUUAGUGACAGGAGUGUUGAAGUCUUUUUUUUUUCCAUUUGAUUGUGUUAAACAGGGCAUCAAACUACUUAUACUUAUUUACUACUACUAGUACAUACUACUUUAUACUCGUCUCUUCCACUUCUCAUCAUCCUGCUACUGCAGUAGUUAGGUUUCCAUGGAGCUAGACAUGCAUGAUUAUGGGCACAAUGAUAGUUGCAAUUUUUUUGAUCGAUAUUGUUAGUCAUGAUUAUCCCUCAUGAUGAAUUUUAUUGGAAUAAAUCACUUCACAUGCUAACACUUGACCAGAGAUCUUCCAUCGAUAGGAUUUCAGUCAAAUGUUUUAUUCCCCCAUUCCAACUUACUGAACUACUCACUGAACCUCUUGGAUUUAUAUGCAAAACCAUGGAGAAUCAACCCCAGGACCAUUUUGACACCUAUUGAUUUAGGGAUGUUUAUGAGUUUGUGUUUUGUAAAAUUCAAACUAAUUUAAUUAAAAAAAAAAAAAAAAAAAAAAAAAAAGCUUUCACCCAGUAUCAGCUAACUGUCUGUACUGUUCAUCUAAUGAAGCAUCCACAGUCUGUAACAAAUUACCGUCUUGGCAAAUUUAUGCACUUUCCACCUUGACCCGCUCAAGCACGGCUUUUAUUUAUGAUGCACCGCAGCAGAUUUUUAAUGUGAUUGUUUUUCUUGUCACAAAUUCUGCAGUGAAAGGCAGUGAUAUGUCGGUUACAUGUCACAAGACAGCCAUUGGCACUGAAUUCG